GUGGGAGUCACUGUUGGGGGCGGUGUCUACGGUUGAGCUGAGGGCGCAGGCGCCACGGCCCGUCUAGCCGGGUGCCCAGGCGGCUGGCGGCGGCAGCGGCAGCGGCAGCGGCAGAGUCUCCGUUUCCGUGUGGGCGGCCACGCAGCCCUGGAGAGUCUGUAGAGAAUGCCAAAUGAGGGAAUCCCCGACUCAAGUCAAACUCAGGAGCAAGACUAUUUACAGAGUCAACCUAUCAGUAAUAAUGAAGAAAUGGCAAUCAAGCAAGAAAGUGGUGGUGAUGGGGAGGUGGAGGAAUACCUGCCCUUUAGUUCCGUGGGUGACGGACUGUCCACCUCUGCUGAGGGGUGCGCAUCAGCAGCUCUGAGGAGAGGGCCAGCCCUGCUGCACAUCAACCGACGUCAGAUCCAGGCGGUGGAGCCUAGUGCCCAGGCCCUUGAGCUGCAGGGUUUGGGUGUGGACGUCUAUGACCAGGAUGUGCUGGAACAGGGUGUGCUUCGGCAGGUGGACAAUGCCAUCCAUGAGGCCAGCUGUGCCUCCCAGCUCGCUGACGUGGAGAAGGAGUAUCGGUCGGUCCUGGAUGACCUCACGUCAUGUACGACAUCACUAAGGCAAAUCAAUAAAAUUAUUGAACAGCUUAGCCCUCAAGCUGCCACCAGCAGAGACAUCAACAGGAAACUAGAUUCUGUAAAACGACAGAAGUAUAAUAAGGAACAACAGCUAAAAAAGAUCACUGCAAAACAAAAGCAUCUCCAGGCCAUCCUUGGAGGAGCAGAGGUGAAAAUUGAACUAGAUCACGCCAGUCUAGAGGAAGAUGCAGAACCGGGGCCAUCCUGUCUUGGCAGCAUGCUCAUGCCUGUCCAGGAGACUGCCUGGGAAGAGCUCAUCCGCACUGGCCAGAUGACACCUUUUGGUACCCAGAUCCCUCAGAAACAGGAGAAAAAGCCCAGAAAAAUCAUGCUCAAUGAAGCAUCAGGCUUCGAAAAGUAUUUGGCAGAUCAAGCAAAACUGUCUUUUGAAAGGAAGAAGCAAGCUACUUGUAAUAAAAGACCAGCUAGAAAAGCUCCAGCCUCAGUCACGCCUCCGGCUCCAGCGCAAAGUAAAAGCAAACCAAACAAGAAAGCCAAAGUUCUGUCCAAAAAAGAGGAGCGUUUGAAAAAGCACAUCAAGAAACUCCAGAAGAGGGCUUUGCAGUUCCAGGGGAAAGUGGGAUUGCCAAAGGCAAGGAGACCCUGGGAGUCAGACAUGAGGCCAGAGGCAGAGGGAGACUCUGAGGGUGAAGAGUCUGAGUAUUUCCCCACAGAGGAGGAGGAGGAGGAGGAAGAUGACGAGGUGGAGGGGGUGGAGGCGGACCUGUCUGGAGACUGUACUGACUAUGAGUUGAAGCCUCUGCCCAAGGGCCGGAAACAGCAGAAGAAAGUCCCAGUGCAGGAGAUUGACGACGACUUUUUCCCAAGUUCUGGGGAAGAAGCUGAAGCUUCUCCUAUAGGAGAAGGAGGAGGAGGAGGUCGGAAAGUAGGAAGAUACCAAGAUGAUGGAGAUGAAGAUUAUUAUAAGCAGCGGUUAAGUCCCAAGAUGCCUCGAACACUAAGUUUACAUGAAAUAACUGACCUUUUAGAGACAGAUGACAGCAUAGAAGCAAGUGCUAUAGUGAUACAACCACCUGAAAAUGCUACAGCACCUGUUUCUGAUGAGGAAUCAGGAGAUGAAGAAGGUGGAACAAUAAAUAAUCUGCCAGGUUCUUUGUUGCACACAGCUGCGUAUCUUAUUCAAGAUGGCUCUGAUGCUGAGUCUGACUCAGAUGAUCCCUCAUACGCACCUAAAGAUGACUCUCCUGACGAAGUUCCAUCUGUGUCUACUGUGCAGCAACCUCCACCAUCAAGGAGGAGGAAAAUGACAAAAAUUGUUUGCAAAUGGAAAAAAGCUGACCUAACCGUACAACCUGUAGCAGGUAGAGUUACAGCACCACCAAACGAUUUCUUCACCGAAAUGAGAACUCCCACAGAAAUUCUUGAACUUUUUCUUGAUGACGAGGUCAUUGAACUCAUUGUCAAGUACUCCAACUUAUAUGCUCACAGUAAAGGUGUACAUCUUGGCUUGACUAGCUCUGAAUUCAAAUGUUUUCUGGGAAUUAUUUUUCUGAGUGGUUAUGUUUCAGUUCCUAGAAGGCGUAUGUUUUGGGAACAAAGAACAGAUGUGCAUAAUGUACUGGUUAGUGCUGCCAUGAGACGUGACCGAUUUGAAACUAUAUUUUCUAAUUUGCAUGUUGCUGACAAUGCAAAUUUGGAUCCAGUGGACAAAUUUUCCAAAUUGCGACCUCUCAUAAGCAAACUCAAUGAGAGAUGCAUGAAAUUUGUUCCAAAUGAAACCUAUUUCAGCUUUGAUGAAUUCAUGGUUCCUUAUUUUGGUCGUCAUGGGUGCAAACAGUUUAUUCGGGGAAAGCCCAUUCGGUUUGGCUAUAAGUUUUGGUGUGGUGCCACCUGUCUGGGCUACAUUUGCUGGUUUCAGCCGUAUCAGGGUAAAAACCCAAAUACUAAACAUGAGGAAUAUGGUGUUGGUGCGUCACUUGUCCUUCAGUUUAGUGAGGCACUUACAGAGGCACACCCUGGACAAUACCAUUUUGUAUUCAAUAACUUUUUCACCAGUAUUGCACUUCUUGAUAAGCUCAGUUCAAUGGGACAUCAGGCAACAGGUACAGUGAGAAAGGAUCACAUUGACAAAGUUCCAUUGGAAUCAGAUGUAGCUUUAAAGAAAAAAGAAAGAGGCACAUUUGAUUAUCGAAUUGAUGGCAAAGGCAAUAUUGUCUGCAGAUGGAAUGAUAACAGUGUUGUCACUGUUGCCUCAUCUGGUGCUGGUAUCCAUCCCCUGUGUCUUGUCAGUCGUUAUUCCCAGAAAUUGAAAAAGAAGAUCCAAGUUCAGCAGCCAAACAUCAUCAAAGUGUAUAACCAAUUCAUGGGAGGCGUAGACAGAGCUGAUGAAAACAUUGAUAAGUAUCGGGCCUCAAUCCGUGGAAAGAAAUGGAGAUGGAAUAAACUGAGACUGCAGGACAAAGAGAAACGUCUGAAGCUGGAGGACGAUUCUGAGGAAAGCGAUGCUGAAUUUGAUGAAGGUUUUAAAGUGCCAGGUUUUCUGUUCAAAAAGCUUUUUAAGUACCAGCAGACAGGUGUUAGGUGGCUGUGGGAAUUGCACUGCCAGCAGGCAGGAGGAAUUCUGGGAGACGAAAUGGGAUUGGGCAAGACCAUCCAGAUAAUUGCCUUCUUGGCAGGUCUGAGCUACAGCAAGAUCAGGACGCGUGGUUCAAAUUACAGGUUUGAGGGGUUGGGUCCAACUGUAAUUGUCUGUCCAACAACAGUGAUGCAUCAGUGGGUGAAGGAAUUUCACACGUGGUGGCCUCCAUUCAGAGUGGCAAUUCUACAUGAAACCGGUUCCUAUACCCACAAAAAGGAGAAACUAAUUCGAGAUGUUGCUCAUUGUCAUGGAAUUUUGAUCACAUCUUACUCCUACAUUCGACUGAUGCAGGAUGACAUUAGCAGGUAUGACUGGCAUUAUGUGAUCUUGGACGAAGGACACAAAAUUCGAAAUCCAAAUGCUGCUGUCACCCUUGCUUGCAAACAGUUUCGCACCCCUCAUCGGAUCAUCCUGUCUGGCUCACCAAUGCAAAAUAACCUCCGAGAGCUGUGGUCACUCUUUGACUUCAUCUUCCCGGGAAAGUUAGGCACAUUGCCUGUGUUUAUGGAGCAGUUCUCCGUCCCCAUCACCAUGGGGGGAUAUUCAAAUGCUUCCCCAGUACAGGUCAAAACUGCUUACAAGUGUGCAUGUGUAUUACGAGAUACCAUAAAUCCAUAUCUACUACGGAGAAUGAAGUCAGAUGUCAAGAUGAGCCUUUCUUUGCCAGAUAAAAAUGAACAGGUCUUAUUUUGCCGUCUUACAGAUGAGCAGCAUAAAGUCUACCAGAAUUUCGUUGAUUCCAAAGAAGUUUACAGGAUUCUCAAUGGAGAGAUGCAGAUUUUCUCCGGACUCAUAGCCCUAAGAAAAAUUUGCAACCACCCUGAUUUGUUUUCUGGAGGUCCCAAAAAUCUCAAAGGUCUUCCUGAUGAUGAACUAGAAGAAGAUCAGUUUGGGUACUGGAAACGUUCUGGGAAAAUGAUUGUUGUUGAGUCUUUGUUGAAAAUAUGGCACAAGCAGGGUCAGCGAGUAUUGCUGUUUUCUCAGUCAAGGCAGAUGCUGGACAUACUUGAAGUAUUCCUUAGAGCCCAAAAGUAUACCUAUCUCAAGAUGGAUGGUACCACUACAAUAGCUUCAAGACAGCCACUGAUUACAAGAUACAAUGAGGACACAUCCAUAUUUGUGUUUCUUCUGACCACGCGGGUGGGCGGUUUAGGUGUCAACCUGACAGGGGCAAACAGAGUUGUCAUCUAUGACCCCGACUGGAACCCAAGCACAGACACGCAGGCCCGGGAGCGAGCAUGGAGAAUAGGCCAGAAGAAGCAGGUGACUGUGUACAGGCUCCUCACUGCGGGCACCAUUGAGGAAAAGAUCUACCACCGACAAAUCUUCAAGCAGUUUUUGACAAAUAGAGUGCUAAAAGACCCAAAACAAAGGCGUUUUUUCAAAUCCAAUGAUCUCUAUGAGCUAUUUACUCUGACUAGUCCUGAUGCAUCCCAGAGCACUGAAACAAGUGCGAUUUUUGCAGGAACUGGAUCAGAUGUUCAGACACCCAAAUGCCAUCUAAAAAGAAAGAUUCAACCAGCCUUUGGAACAGACCAUGAUGUUCUAAAACGCAAAAAGUUCCCUGCUUCUAACAUAUCAAUAAAUGAUGCCACAUCAUCUGAAGAUAAAUCUGAGGCUAAAGGAGCUGAAGUAAAUGUAGUACCUUCUAAUCAAAGUGAUCCUUUGAAAGAUGACCCUCACAUGAGUAGUAAUGUAGCUAGCAAUGAUAGGCUUGGAGAAGAGACAAAUACAGUAUCUGGACCGGAAGAGUCGUCAGUGAUUAGUGGAAAUGGGGAAUGUUCAAAUUCUUCAGGAACAGGCAAAACUUCUAGGCCAUCUGGUGAUGAAAGCAUUGAGGAAAAGUUGGGUCUUUCUUACAAAAGAGAAAGACCUAACCAGGUUCAAACAGAAUCUUUUUGGGAGAAUAAACAAAUGGAAAAUAAUUUUUGUAAGCACAAGUCAAAAACAAAACAUCAGAGUGUGGCAGAAGAAGAGACCCUAGAGAAACAUCUGAGACCAAAGCAAAAGCCUAAGAACCCUAAGCAAUGCAGAGACGCCAAGUUUGAAGGAACUCGAAUUCCACACCUGGUGAAGAAAAGGCGUUACCGGAAGCAAGGUAGUGAAAACAAGAGUGAGGCCAAGGAACAGAGCAAUGAUGAUUAUGUUUUGGAAAAGCUUUUCAAAAAAUCAGUUGGCGUGCACAGUGUCAUGAAGCACGAUGCCAUCAUGGAUGGAGCCAGCCCAGAUUAUGUACUGGUGGAAGCAGAAGCCAACCGAGUGGCCCAGGAUGCCUUGAAAGCACUGAGGCUUUCUCGUCAGCGGUGUCUGGGAGCAGUGUCUGGUGUUCCCACCUGGACUGGCCACAGGGGGAUUUCUGGUGCACCAGCAGGAACAAAGAGUAGAUUUGGUAAGAAAAGGAAUUCUAAUUUCUCUGUGCAGCAUACUUCAUCAACAUCUCCAAAAGAGAAGUGCCAGGAUGGCAUCAUGAAAAAGGAGGGAAAAGAUAAUGUCCCUGAGCAUUUUAGUGGAAGAGCAGAAGAUGCAGACUCUUCAUCCAGGGCCCUCGCUUCCUCCUCACUCUUGGCUAAAAUGAGAGCUAGAAACCACCUGAUUCUGCCAGAGCGUUUAGAAAGUGAAAGCAGGCACCUGCAGGAAGCUUCUGCCCUGCUUCCCACCACAGAACAUGAUGACCUUCUGGUGGAGAUGAGAAACUUCAUCGCUUUCCAGGCCCACACUGAUGGCCAGGCCAGCACUAGGGAGAUACUACAGGAGUUUGAAUCCAAGUUAUCUGCAUCACAGUCUUGUGUCUUCCGAGAACUAUUGAGAAAUCUGUGCACUUUUCAUAGAACUUCUGGUGGUGAAGGAAUUUGGAAACUCAAGCCAGAAUACUGCUAAACAACAUUGCUUCCUAAACUUUCAAGUCACUUUUUCUAACGGGCAUUUCUGAUUAUUAAUUUAUUAUUAAUAAUCAUGUUUGUCAACGGAAGUUGGCUGCACUUGAUGUUUGUUUGCAUGACAUCUACCUCAGAAUUAAAACUUUAAGAAGA